AUGGGGUUCGACGAGCAACUCACUCCGCAGGAUGACAAGAUUGAGGGCCAUGUCGAUUCGCAAUCGACCGACCUUCCCCAGCUGAGGAAUACCACAGAACGCAAGCUUAUGGCUAAAAUCGAUUGGCACAUUAUGCCCUGUCUCUGUGUUAUGUAUCUUCUCGCAUUCUUGGAUCGCGUGAAUAUCAGUAACGCAGCAGUCCUUGGCCUACAAGAAGACUUGAAUAUAGUCGACGGGACGAACUACAAUACUGCACUGACUAUAUUCUUCGUUCCAUAUAUCAUUUUCGAAAUUCCAUCCAAUAUCCUGCUUAAGAAGUUGAGACCCCACGUAUGGUUGACGGGAUGUAUGUUUCUAUUCGGUCUGGUUACAAUCUGUCAAGGCCUAGUCUCCAAUUGGGGCGGGCUGAUGACAACUCGGUGGUUUCUGGGAAUGUUUGAGACAGGCAUGUUCCCUGGUUGUUUCUAUCUCUUGGGAAUGUGGUAUAAACGGAGCGAGGCACAGAAGAGGUUCAGUUUCUUCUUUAGUUCAACCACACUUGCGGGCGCCUUCGGUGGCUUGCUGGCUAGCGGGCUUGGAAAGAUGGAUGGUACUCGUGGCUACCGAGGCUGGCGCUGGGUCUUUAUCAUCGAAGGCCUGAUCACUUGUGUCGUCUCGCUUGCCUGGUUCUUUAUUAUUCCUGAUUUCCCCGAAGACGUCAAAUGGCUCACCGAUGAAGAGCGCCAAUUCAUCCGGGCAAAACUAGCCAGAGACUCGGGGAGCGCGGGUCAUGAUGCUAAGAUAGGCUGGCGCGACGUAUUGGAGGUCUUCAAAGACUACAAAAUAUUCAUCGGUGGUUUGAUGUACUUCGGAUAUGCCUACUUCGCGCCGACCAUUAUCAAGAGUUAUGGCUACGAUGCAAUCAAGACUCAGCUGUAUUCGAUUCCACCAUGGGCAGCCGCUUGGGGAUUUUCCAUGCUGGUGGCCAUUCUCUCUGAUAGAACCAGGCAUCGGUUUGCUUUUACUAUAGGGCCUAUGCUAAUUGCCAUGGCUGGCUUUGGAAUCUUGUUGAAUGUACACGGGCAGGCUCGUCGAAAUAUUCAGUACGGCGCUUUAUUCAUGGUUACAUGUGGUUGUUACAGUGCAAUGCCGGUCAUUGUUUGCUGGUUUGCAAUGAACCUAGCAGGCCAUCGUAGGCGAAGUGUGGGAACGGCCUGGCAAGUUGGAUUUGGAAAUAUUGGUGGUAUCAUCUCGACGUACGCCUUCUUAAAAAAAGAUGCACCGGAAUACCGACCAGGAUAUAUCAUCAGCGUGUCCUUCCUUAGCUUUUCGGCGGCCUGUUGCAUAGGCUACUUCGCGGCCGUCUGGUAUGACAACCGGCGCCGUGAUCAGGCAAUCGCAGAUGGCAUGGCCAUACCCAGUGACGAAGAACAAGAGCUACGCGGUGAUAUGGCGUUAAACUAUCGCUAUAGCUAUUAG